AUGUUCAGUCCAGCAGCCAGAAAUAUCAUCAGAUCUUCCGUUAGAACUUACUCUUCUUCCGCCCCAAAGUCUCUUACCAUCGGGUUGAUUCCUGGUGACGGGAUUGGUAAGGAAGUGAUUCCUGCCGGUAAACUCGUUCUUGAAGCCAUUCAAUCUAAACACAACUUGAAGUUCGACUUUGUUGAUUUGUUGGCUGGUUUCGACCAUUUCAAGAAGACCGGCACUGCGUUACCAGAAGAAACCGUUGCCACUUUGAAAUCAUCGUGUGAUGGUGCGUUGUUCGGUGCCGUUAGCUCGCCAAUCAACAAGACUAAAGGCUACUCUUCCCCAAUUGUCGCCCUUAGAAAGAAGAUGGGACUUUAUGCCAAUGUUAGACCAGUGAAGUCCGUUGAUAAUGGGGUUGACAGAGAAGUCGACUUGGUGAUUGUUAGAGAAAACACCGAAGAUUUGUACGUCAAGGAAGAAAAGAUCUUUGUUGAUGAAAGCACCGGGUUGAAGACUGCCGAAGCCAUUAAGAGAAUCACAGAACAGGCCUCCAAGAAGAUUGGUAAGAUUGCCCUCGAAAUCGCUUUGCAAAGACAAGCUCUUAGAGAUGCUGGGAUUCCAUCGAUCCACCAAAACUCCACCGUCACCGUCACCCACAAGUCCAACGUUUUGUCUACUUCUGAUGGGUUGUUCAAGGAAACUAUCGAAACUUUCUACAACAACCACUUGGACAAAUAUUCCAGCGUGAAGUUGACCCACCAAAUUGUCGACUCAAUGGUGUACAGAAUGUUCAGAGAACCAGAAUUGUUCGAUGUCAUUGUUGCUCCAAACUUGUACGGUGAUAUCUUGAGUGAUGGUGCUGCUGCCCUCGUUGGUUCUCUUGGUUUGGUGCCAAGUGCCAACGUUGGUGAAAACUUUGUCAUUGGUGAGCCAUGCCACGGGUCUGCCCCAGACAUCGAAGGUAAGAACAUUGCCAACCCAAUUGCCACCAUCAGAUCCACCGCCUUGAUGUUGGAAUUCUUGGGCCACGGAGCUCCUGCUGCUGACAUUUACAAGGCUGUCGAUGCCAACUUGAUCGAGAACCAAAUCAAGACCCCUGACUUGGGAGGUAAGUCGACCUGUACCGACGUCAUCGAAGACAUCAUCAAGAGAUUGUAA